UUUUUUUAGGGCAGCAGCUUGAAAAACAGAAGUGGGCUGUGACCAUGAAAGUUCAUGAUACUAUUUAUAAUUUUUGUUAGUUUCUAAGGUGUUAGAGGACCUUGUUGUUUAAGGGUUUUUGGUUUUUUUUAAGUUAUAGACUAACAUGGAUACUCCUCUGAAAGUUCUAUGGGUUAAACAAUCUUUGGCAACUUGUUGAACUGCUAUUGGAGGGCAGAAGGCAGAACAAAUGUUCUUCAUGUGAUAACCUCUUUUAAGAAUUUACUGAAUCGGCUUUAAGUAAGGACUCAUGUUAUGCCUUGUGGCAGUGCGGUGUUAUUUGGAAUGUACCGUGAAAUUGAAUGACUUGAAAAUGGAUUCAUCGUCUCAUGAGUUCCCAGUGACCAUUUUAGAACAGACUGCCUCACAGUUAGGAUGCAAUCCAACAGAUGAGAAACUUGCUUUGCACUUAGAUGAAGAAGAUGAGCUGAAACACCUCCGUGAAUGUUUCCAUAUUCCAAAAGUGAAGGAUCUACCUCCAACUAACCCAACUUUAGUGAAUGACAAUGAAAGCUGCAUCUACUUUGCUGGGAAUUCUCUUGGACUUCAGCCAAAAAAAGUUAAAGCUUACCUGGAUGAAGAGUUGGAUAUGUGGGCUAGAACAGGUAUUCAUGGUCAUUUCAAUGGCAAGCGCCCAUGGGCUUUAGGAGAUGAGUGCAUCGUGGAGCUUAUGGCUGGAAUUGUGGGUGCUCAUAAGGAAGAAAUAGCUCUAAUGAAUGGCCUGACUGUUAAUCUGCAUCUCCAAAUGUUAUCUUUUUUUAAUCCUUCUCCAAGUCGCUAUAAAAUUCUUCUAGAAGCCAAAGCCUUUCCCUCUGACCACUAUGCUGUUGAAUCUCAGCUUCAACUUCAUAGACUUGAUGUGGAGAAAUGUAUGCUCAUGAUACAGCCACGUGAGGGGGAGGAGACCUUGAGAACUGAAGAUAUCCUUGACAUAAUUGAGAAGGAAGGGGACUCUAUUGCUGUAAUUCUGCUGAGUGGAGUGCAGUACUACACAGGACAGCUGUUUGACAUCCCCAGAAUAACAAAGGCAGGCCAAGAAAAGGGUUGCUAUGUUGGCUUUGACCUGGCUCACGCUGUUGGUAAUGUAGAAUUGCAACUACAUGACUGGGGAGUAGAUUUUGCCUGCUGGUGUUCCUACAAGUAUUUAAACUCUGGAGCUGGAGGCCUAGCUGGUGCCUACAUUCAUGAGAAACAUUUCCAGACAAUAAAACCAACUUGCUGUGGAUCUUCAGGUGCAUCAAUCAAGGUGAGAUGUAUAAAUGACAACUGCCUGGCUCCUUUGCACCUUUGAACAACUCCUCUUUAAUGGCUCGAUGCCUCAGUUUCCCAAUGUGUAAAAAUGAGAAUAAUAAAACUCACCGACAAGAUUUGGUAAGGAAAAAAUAGUAUUUGUAAAGAGCCUGGAAUGGAAGGCACUAUGGAAACAGGUAUAUAUAUUGUAGCAUUUGCAGUUAUAAUAGAGAGGUUUGUUUAACACCAUUGUCUGAUGGCACAACUGAUAUGAAAAACAACCUGACUGAUUCCUGGGUGAGGGGGGGAAGAAAGAAUAAGUUUCUAGUUGAAUCCUUAUAAUAAGUACAGCACAAUUGAAAAAGAUGGGAGGAAAAUAAACAUAUUCAAAGCAGCUAGGAGAAUAAUAGAUAAACUUUGACAGAGGAGUAAAGGAAUACUGUACACCACCUAGUGUUUAAAUGGGAAGGAUUAAACAAACCUUUACCUGCUGCUGGUCUGCUCUAAAGUUAAGUUUAAAAUUAAUUAGUUUAUAUGAGGUGAUGGUGGAACAGGAAACAGCUGAUGUCCAAAAGGCAUCUAUUUUUUUUAAUAGAAACAAUAUUUCAAAGGAAAACUAAGGAGGACAUAGAUAUUUCAUACAAUUCUUGGUUAUUAGGCAAAAAAUUAACCAGAGGAUUGUCUUUCUUUUUGACUGCAACAUCCCUAACAAAAGCUCGAGGGUCUGGGUUCAUCUUUUCUCAAAAACCUUAUCCCAGUAUGCCUUCCAAGUAAUUAGAUCUUGGCUGAUGAUAGACAAGCAAAUACCAUCUAAGAUGACUGAGUCUUCCAAGGUAUGAGCACUCACAACUCCAUGGUAGGCUGGUAUGCUUUGAUAACAUUUUACUCUAGGCUUUUUGAUUUUUUUAUUAUUAUUUUCAUUUGUGAAAAUGGCUGAAGCUGCUGUAAAACAAUGUAACUGCCUGUCUUUGGGAAUAGACAGUUAGUCUAAGAAAUUAAAAAGUGGUUCUCAAACAGGGGAGCAAUAUUGCUUAGUCUAUGCUGGAAAAACAAAACUGACUGCUUUGUUUCAUGAAGGUGUUUAUAAGGACAAAUAGAAAUAUGGCUUGAUUUUCAUUGAACUUCUCUACUCUUAAAGUCACCCGGAUCUGCAUAUCCCAGCCCUUCUGUUAAUCAAGCCAAUAAACAGCAACCUGGGCAAAGAAAGGGUGUGAAUGGGGCAUUUGUAGAAGACUUCCAAGGAUGUGUGCUCAGUGAAGGGAGGUCAAAAGUCACUGAUAAAAAUGAAAAGGGUACAGUGUGUAGAAAGAUUUGUUAUUUGUACCAGUGGACUCAAAUUGUUCAUGGAACGCAACAAGUGACUCCCAAGUACAUAAACUAUCCUAGACUAUGGCAGAGCUAAACUAUUUCUCUGCCAAGUCAAUCAGAGCAAUUUAGCUCCUUAAGCUAAUUUAAAAAACAAAAGCUAAAAUCUCCCCUGGGAAGAGACAGUUUAGGAAUAAAGACACUGGCUAAUUAGGCUUAAUUGCAUUGUCUCGGGACAAGUGAUUUAUUAGGCCAAUCUAGACCCAUGAUGGGGCUGCAGGGUUAUGUUCUUGGAUUCACCAUUUGAAUGGCAAAUAUCCAAGAGAAUUAUUUAGCUUUGGAAGGAGUUUUAGGUUAGGAAGGAGAAGCAGGUUAAUGUGCACUUUUCCAUUCUAUCUUUUCAGCGUUGGAUAUCUGAUGAUUUCUUUCUUUGUCACAAUUACUGGUAUAGUUGAUGGGGGGAAGGUGCAAACAUGCUAUCUCUUAAUUUUAUUCAGGCUUUUGACACAAUUAUAUGUGACACUUUCAUAAGCAAACAAAAGAAAUGUCAUCUAAAUGAAAUUAUUAUAAUAUGGGUUCAAAACUGGUUGAAAGACUACACUCAAAAGGUAAUUAUCAAUGAUUUUGCUGUCAUAGUGGUGGGACAUUUCCUACAUAAGUCUGUCCUGAGUCAGGUAUUUUCUUUAAUAAUUUAGAUAAUGUUGUGGAAAUUGUGUGUAAAAACUUUGCAGAUGAUACCAGCUCUUCAAGAACAGGAUCAGAGUUCAAAAGAACCUUGACAAACUGAAGAACUGAUCUAAAAUGCAACAUAGACAAAUGCAAAGUACUACAUUUAUGAAUGAAAAAUCCAGUGCAUAACUACAAAAUGGGGAAUAACAAGCUAGGCAGGGGUGCUUUUGAAAAAGGCACAGGGUUUAUAGUAAAUCACAAAUUGAAUAUGAGUGUCAUAAUUGCAAAAAACCCUCAUAGGAUUCUGUGGUACUUCAACCGGACUGUUAUAUAUGCAUAAGACAUCAGAAGUAAUUGUCCUGUGCUACUUGACAUUGGUGAGACCUCAGCUAGAGUACUGUGAUUGGGGCACCCUUUUUCAUGGAAAAGGUGUGAACUACUUGGAAAGAGUCCAGAAGACUGCAAGUAAGGUAAAAAAAAGGUUUAGAAAACCUAACCUAUGAGCAGGAGAGUUGACAGCUUCUGUGGGCUCCUGUGCAAUGGGGGAAAGGGAGGAGGUGGCUCAGUGUGCAUGGAAGAGGUGGGGUGGGGGCAACCAGCCCUCUGUGCCACACUUUUGGUGGCAUUGCCCACUCCCCUAGUCCUCAGAGUUGUGCAGAGUGGCCCGGGGCUCCAGUUGUCACUGCUGCAGCGGCAGCUGCUGGGAGCCCUGGGCCCCUUUGAAUUGCUGGGGCCCAAGGCAAUUGCCCUCCUCCCUCUCCACCCCCACCUCAUUGGCAGGCUUUCCUAUGAGGAGAAAUUAAAAAAACUCAGCAUGUUUGGUCCUGAGAAAAGAAGACCUAGGGAGGUACUGAUAACAAUCUUCAUAUAUAUUCACAGUCUGAGGGAACAGUCAUCAGUUGUUCUUCAUGUCCAUGGCAGGUAGGACAGGAAGCAGUGGUCUUAUCUGCAGCAAGGGAAACGUAAGUUAGACAUUAAGAAAAACUAUGAGGAUAGGUAAGCACUGGAUUAGAUUUCCAAGUGAUGUUUUGCAGUCCCCAUCACAGGUGAUUUUUAAGAACAGGAUACACAAAUACCUAUCAGGGAUGGUCUAGAUAUGGUUGGUCCUGCCUCAGCACAGAUUAUUAGAUGAGACAGUGUCUCAAGAUCCCAUCCAGUCCUACAUUUCCCUGACUUAUUUAGAUGUUAAUAUCUCUGGGACAAGGAAUGUAUCUUUUUCAGUUUAUAAAAAGCUAGUGUUAUGUAGGAUUGUGACAGUCAGGCCAGAGGGUGACAGGAGAGUA